UUUCCUUGUUUGUCAAUAUUGAUAUGUACAUUGCACAUUAAUCAUUCUUUCUGCUGUGCUGACUCGAAGACAGGAAGUGAUGAAUUCUUAGGUAACUUGUAAAACGAUUUUAGACAGAAUCAUAGGGUUCUGAGACAGGAGUGCAGUCAAUGGUGGAUAAUUUUCCUGGAACUUGUAGAUUAACCAAGACAGAUAUGAAAGAGCUUCUUAAGAAAUUUUAUCUUCACUUAGUUACAACUGCGAUAGCAUGUUUUCCAUUGAUAAGUGGAGCUCCAGUGGGUGACUCCACAGACCUAACUAACAGCUGGUUGUUGACCCAUCCUGUCGCGGUAUUGAUCAUCUCCUCAUGUGUCCUACUCCUCACCGCCAUACUUCUUGCCAUCCAGUGUGGAGGAUGUACAGAGAUGGAGGUAGGAACAGACAGCCAUCCGGCUGCAGGAGGAGACGGUAAACCAUCAGGUGGAGCAGUAACAUUCUCCUCUCCAUUAGACAUAAACGGUGAAUCUAACACAGGUGGCGCUGGUUUACCAUACUCUCUCAACCCAAACGUAAAUACAACUCCAGGCUUUGCCGGAUAUCAGACUGUUGGAGGUAACAAUAUCGCUGGAUAUGGACAAGGAGGUAUGCAAACAGCUGGGGGUUAUCAAGCUCCCAUGUCACCCAGUACACCUGCUAUACAAACUCAGGGAUAUCAAGUACAGAGUCAGCCAGAUGCACCCACACUAGGCCCUCAUGCUCACAGACCUGCGGUGGAACCUCCACCACCGUCUUACAAUGAGAGUGUUGGAAGAGGGUGGAUCACACGUCCACAGUGAGUUAUAGACUGUACGUUUUGCAGAAUUAGUGAUACUGCAUCCACUGCUGUACAAUUUCAGAAGUGUCCUCUUAGUAUACUGCAAUCAGUGUCUGAUCUAUUGUGUAUGAAGAUAUUGAAUAAGAAUAAAAUAUUUGUUAAUUUGUUUGUAAGGUUGAAUCUCUGUGAUUUGAUAUAGUUAAGUGCUAGAAUAUGAAAGUAAUUGUGUUCAAAUAACCUGUUAGGUGAAUAGAGCAUCAGCAGCUUUAAAGUAGUUGUUGAGAAGCUGUUGACAUUCAGGCAUGAUUUGGUCCUAUCAUUAGAAAACAUUUUUUGCUACUCAUAGGUUUUUUUUUCUUAAAGUCAGACAUGAACCCACUGGUAAUCAUAUUUGCUAACCUCUACCGUUUAAGUCAGGAAGAUUCUUAAUUUUUUACCUCUGUUUUAUUCGAAUCUUACUUAUGUAAAUCAGUUCAACUUUUUUCGUUAUUCAAACUUCUAAUAAUCCAAUAAGUAUAAAAUACUGAAUAAGCUAUAUAAUAUUUAGGUACAAUAUACUACUUGUAUUUAAAUGUAGAAGUUGAGAGUACAGGUCACCUUAUUAGCUUUGGUUUAAUGUGAAUUUCCCUAUAGUCAAGCGGUAGAGUGUCUGACUAGAGCUAAUUCUUGCACCAAUGCCGACGGGAUGUUUUUCCUUACUCCUUACUAUAACAUAAAGUUUGUCAAAAGUAAAGCAAUAUAUAUACUUUUCCAAAUAUUGAAAAUUUGACAGGACUAUUUUUCUCCCAGUGAUAUUUCAUGAAAGUGAUGUUCUCCAUGCUCAAGUACUACUGUACUAAUGAUAGGUAUCUAAUUUCAAUAUCUAACAUGUAUUAGGUUUUGUGAUAUCUGCCAGCAUCUAACCUCAAAUAUCAUUUCUUAUGUGGGUCAUAUUCUGCUAAUUUUUCUUUUAAUUUUCUAUGUUUACAGAUAUGUCAAAACUUAUCUUUGAUACAAUGGUCUUCUGAAUACAGAUGUUAUGUUUGACUGACAAUGAGUGUAUCCAGGUGUGUUGUAUAAUUAAACUUGUUUUAUACUGUAUUUAGACACAUUGUUAUUCCGAAUGUGUAAAACUUAAAUUUUUUUAAGUUUUUUUAAAUGUUAAAUUUCUUAGCGAGUUGUAGGUGCUGUAUAUUUUUUUGGUGCUCAGUUUGAUCCAGGUUGUUUCUGCAUGACCGCUCGCUGAUUUAUGUAGGAAACAGAGGUUGGUAGGACAAGGAGGUAAUUUUUUAGUUGGUGGUCUCUGUGAAGCAUACAUGUAGCUAGAGAGAGGACUAGAAAGAAGAAGAAUAGGUGACUGGAUUGCCUCUUUCCCCUCCCCAAUUUUAUUUCUGGAUUAUUUCAUACAUAAAGAACUGUUUAUCCAAACCAGACCAAUCAUAGUGUAAAUGGUUUAGAUUAAUUUCACACCGGGUUAACUAAAGUAACAUAUCAAGAGACACAACGAUAAGGUUCGAAUAAUGACAGAGGGUGUAUGUUUGAUUCAGUUUGGGUCUAGAUAAUUGGCAUUCCAAUUUUUAUUGUAUAUAAUGAUGGCAAAAAGAGUUUGAAGUUUUUGUGACAUACAUGUACCAAACUCAUUAUGGCCAUUUGCUCAAGGCACUGUUAUUAGACAUCUGCCUUAUAUGUACAUGUACCUUACUUGGCAACAUGUUUCUCCAUGCUUAAUAUUGUUUUUACAACAUAGCUUCACUUGUACCUGUAGGUUAUAUUUAGAUAUUGAAUCAAACCAUUGUGUUGCCAACAAGAACCAUUAUGGUUGUGUUUUAAUUGAUGUGAUAUACAUGUUUAUGUUUUGAUUCUUGGUGUUUGAUUGGCUGGAAUGGGUAUACAUUUAUAUGAUUUACAUUGCAAUGUACAAGUAAUUUAACAUUGACAUUUUUCUUAAAGUUCUACCUUUUUAAAGGUUUAUGUAUUUGUUAAGUUUUGUUGUCAAAAUUAGAAUAAGAUGAUGUCAUGAUUUCACAAAGAAGCAGUAAAAAUGAUUAUUUAUUUUUUUAUCUUGUGAGAGCAUACAAUAGUAUGAUACUGUCUAGAUGAAUAUAAUAAUAUGUUACUGGCUAACGGAAUACGAUAGUAUGUUACUGUCUAGCUGAAUACAAUAGUAUGUUACUGUCUAACUGAAUACAAUAGUAUGUUACAUUCUAGCUGAAUACAAUAAUAUGUUACUGUCUAACUGAAUACAAUAGUAUGUUACAUUCUAGCUGAAUACAAUAAUAUGUUACUGUCUAACUGAAUACAAUAGUAUGUUACAUUCUAGCUGAAUACAAUAAUAUGUUACUGUCUAACUGAAUACAAUAGUAUGUUACUGUCUAGCUGAAUACAAUAGUAUGUUACUGUCUAGCUGAAUACAAUAGUAUGUUACUGUCUAGCUGAAUACAAUAAUAUGUUACUGUCUAGCUGAAUACAAUAGUAUGUUACUGUCU